AUGUCCAAUGAUGACGCAAAAUCCGGCGACGUUCGAGAAGGCGGUUCGAAAAAUCGCGUUUCCACUGACGCACGUCACGACAUUUUUCGAGUCGGCGUAAAAUCGCCACAGUUUUCGCCGGAGAAGCCUGCAAUAUGGUUUGCGCUUAUGGAGGCUCAGUUCAACCUGUCGAAGAUCACCAGCGAUGAGACGAAAUUUUACCACAUCCUCAGCAACCUUGAACCUCAGUACGCAGAUCUUGUGGAGGAGCUCGUCUUGAACCCACCGGCUACGGACAAGUAUGAGAAGCUGAAGACUGAGCUCAUACGUACCUUGUCUCAGUCCAAGGCCAAGAAGCUGCAGAGACUUCUGGAUAGAGAGGAGAUCGGUGACAGAAAGCCAUCUCAUUUUCUACGGCACCUUCGCAACUUAGCUGGACCCGGCUUACCCGAAGAGUUCCUGUCUGGCAUCUGGACGAGUCGACUGCCGAGUAGCAUCCAGACCAUCCUCGCUUCUCAACCCACCGCUUCGCUCGAGACGCUUGCUGACCUGGCGGACAGGAUCCAUGAAGUCGUUCCACCGUCACCGCAAGUAGCUUCGACUUCCCACCACACUUCACCUGGCAGCUCCAUGGACCAAAUGGCUAAGCAAAUAGCCGAACUUACCCAGCAAGUUAGAGCACUCAGCAUGCAAUCGCACAGAUCGCGUUCCAGAUCAAGGAACAAUCAUGCACAGACUCGUCAUUCUGCUCGGUCAAGGGAGAGAUCACAAUCCAGCUACCGGAAGCAUCCCCUUUGCUGGUACCACGGCAAGUUCGGCAGCAGGGCGAAGACCUGCAUCCGCCCAUGCGACUACAAGGCGGAAAACUCCCUGGGCAAUCAGUGA